AAAAAGGGCCCCGAAAAAGCUUUCACACUUUUGCGGUGUCGUGUAACGGCUCCCAAGGCCUGAAGAAACACGAAUGGACGUGACACUUUCAGCGGUUCCACGUGAGAAUCCGAGGAUAACCAUCUAAAAAACCCAUUUUUUUAGUGAUUUAUAGGCCUUAGAAUCCCUCAUGUCAACCCCAUUUUCAUCAUAAACAAUUGAUUUUCUGAUUCCAUGAGUAUUUUUAAUUGUGGUAUGGCCUAACCCCACCAAGAUUUGCAGAGAAAAAUGGGCUUUUUUGACUACUUUUUUAACAAAUAUUCAAUCCAAAUCCCAAAGGAAAUCAAGCCUUUUUUAAUAUAAAGGAUUGAUUUUCUAUGUUGACAAUGUUUAGCUCUGAAUUUGGUUGGUUUUGAGCAAAUUGACUGAUUUUUCAACAUUAAACAAAUGGGUUAUUGGAUUCUUUAUGUUAUUUAGGUUUAGGAGGCCAAACCCACUUAGAGUUUUCAAAGAAAAAGUGGUUUAUGACGGGAAAAACACAGUUUUCUUGCUCUGAAAGCCAUAUGGACCAAACUCAUUUUUCCCACAGAAAAAUGGGUUUUCUUAGUUUUUUUUAUUUGACUCAAGAUCUCCUACUGGUUUUUAAGAAAAACCCGUGUGGUGGAGAAGUUGCAGAGGUUUAGGGUUUUCAUAGCCACCAUGUACUGAGAAUCUGGCCUGAAAUGGAUCCUGAAAGUGGUAGCUUUUACACCUGCAAGAAACAUCCAUCUCAGGCAUUCACUGGUUUUUGUUCCACCUGUCUUCUUGAAAGGCUUUCCAGUGUUGAUCCAGCUGAUCGGACAUUAAAGCACUUGUCAAGAGCUGAAAGGGACGAACUUCUUGAUGGGAAAAGCCUUGAAAGCAAUGGAUUUUCCUCUGCAACUGAUGAGGCUGGAGCAAAGGUAGAGUACCCUUUUACUCAAUCACAGAGGAAAUCAUGUGAGGUUAGGGAGAGAAUCACUUUAUUGUCUCUUUUUCACAUGAAUGAUAAUGAUGGUGAACAUGUUACGAAAAGUGAAAGUCAGGGUGAGGCUUUGACUGCAGAUAAAGCUGGGGUUUCUUCUUUUAAUGGUUAUGAGAGUACUGAGGGGGUUAAAACAUAUGAUAAUGUUAAUGGGUUUUCUCUGAUUGAGCAUAAAACAGGGGUGUCUUCUUCUAAUGAGAGGCCUGAGACAGUUAAAGAGGUUAAACUAAAUGCUGAUGGAUUCUCUCUGAUUGAGGACAAAAAAAGAGUUUCUUUUACUAAAGCAGGGGUUUCCUCUUCCGCUAGUUUUGAUAAGGGGGUUGGAGCAGAUGAAAAUUUUGAUGCGUCCUCAGAUAGGGUUUGUUCUGUUAAUGGAUAUGGCAAUGUAAAGGGAAGAAAAAUAAAUGAUCUUUUUCAAAGAACUGAGGUUGGGCGAGAUGUUGAUUCUGAAAUUGGUGUUUCUGGUGUCACUGAUGGAGGGGGAGGAAAAUAUGGGAUUUUGAGAGAGAAGAAUAUGUCAUUUUGGUUGGCUACAAUUUUGUCUAGAAAGCUGCAGAAAUGGAAGGUUAGGUCUAAAAGUGAUAAGAGAGGAAACCACAGGGGAAGAGCUUGUGAUGCAUACUCUGAAACAAUGGUUGAAUGCAGGGGAUCAUGUGAUUGUAGAGCUUCCAUUGAUUCCAGUAGUGCUUCUUGGGAGGAGACAAGGCACUCAUGGGAUAGCAAAUUUUAUUUGAAGCCCAUCGAUUUGAAUGGAGUAAACAGGGACAUCCCUGGUUUUCCUUCAGAAACUGGGGAUUCUUUCUUGGAGUCUUCUCCCUUACAGAGUAGAAAAGUAGGUCUUAAUGAAAACAACAAGCUAACAGAUCUCAAGCCAUGCAAUGACAUGAGAAACAUCACCAAAGUUAGCCCUAGCCCACCAACACUGGAUGAUGAUCUCAAGCCAAUCUCAUCAGAGGCUGUUCUCCGAAGUCCUUUGAGAGAGAGCCAAAAUCUUGUAUCACACUGUCAAGGAUUAACUGGUUCAAACCAAUCAAGAAAAUCUCAUGGAUGGGGAAAGGGAUGGAGCCGCACCUUAAGUAGCCCAAUUUGCGGUUUUGUUCAAAAACACGAGACCAAUAAUGCUGAAUUUUGUGAGAGGCGAAAUGUGUUGGAGCGAUCCCUUUCUGGGUCUUGGCAGGAACUGCAGAGAGAAAACCACAGAGAGAGAAACCGAGCUCAUCCUUCUAGGGGAGACUUUCAAAGCUCUAGUAGUGUGAGUUCUAGGACUUUACAUAGUGUCAAGAGCAAUGGAGGUGGCAAUCAGAAAAAGUUACAGGGGCUUCAGCCCAAUUUGCAGAAGAAGGAUUUUAUAUUUGGUCGGAGCCGAAGUGUUCACUAUGCCUCUCCAAGUUACAUAGACAGUGGACUUCUUCGCUUUUACUUGACGCCUUUAAGGAGCAGUAGAAAGAAAGGUAGAGUGAGAUCCUCACGUUCUUUUAGCAGAGGCAUCAUGGGUUUCUGUUGAUAAUCAUGAGAUAAUGUAAGGACUUAUUGUCUCCUAUCUGGACUUGUUAUAUUGCAAACUCUGAAAAUAUGAAGAUUGAAGAAUUUGGCUAAUGGGAGAAAGGAAUAUAAGAGGUUUUCGUAUAAAAGCCUAUCUGUAUCUCUGAAGAUAGAGAAGGACAAACCCACUUUGUGAUUCUCAAACAUCACAUUCGCUCUUCAAACUCGAAGUAUUAAUAUUUGAUACCAUUCGCUCUUCAAACUCGAAGUAUUAAUAUUUGAUAUUACAAAGCUUUAUAUGAGGUAUUGAUAUGUAUAAAAAAAGUUGGCUUUCUUUUAGAAGCUUGUCAAAAUAUUAAUGUGCUUACAGUUGAUAAGAUUUU